AGACUAAUGGGCGGUUGGAGCUAUAGCUGCAGCGGGUGGUGGUAUUUACACUUUCCCAGCAACAUCUUCUCCUCAGUCCAAAGAAAAACACAGACGAGGUGAGCCAAGAAGAAGCCAUUGUCAAAGAUCAAGCAACCAGUGGUGAUCAUGCGGCUUUUGGUGGUGCUUCUCUUACUGGGACUAGUGGAUAUGAACCUGGGCCAAAAUCACGGCUCGUUCCAGUGGUUAUCCCACCUGCGAAGGCGGUGGCAGAAUGCCGAUUGGCAGGCGGAGGAGGUAGAUUGUCCCCUGGAGUGUGACUGUCCAGCAUCCUACCCAACAGCCAUGUACUGUCACGGCCGCAACCUUCAGCACAUUCCGUACGUUCCCUCGCAUGUAAAGUAUGUCUACCUGCAACAUAACCAGAUCACGGGCAUCCAGAAGGGGGUGUUUGACAAUGCUACUAACCUGGCCUGGGUCAUUUUGUCUCACAAUAAGCUCAGCUCGGACAAAAUCAGCAACAGUGUCUUCACCAAGUUAGAAAGUCUGGAUCGGCUCCACCUGGAUCACAACCAACUGACCAGUGUGCCUGAUAACCUACCCAAGUCUGUCACAGACCUAAGGCUCUCUUACAACAAGAUCUCAAAAGUUCUGUCCAACGCAUUCAAGGGGAUGACCAACCUGACCACUCUGGAGCUGCAGGGAAAUGUCAUACAGGACACAGAAGGUGGCUUUAAGGGACUGAAGUCUUUGACCAAGCUUGACAUGAGAAAAAACAAGCUGAAAAAAAUCCCCAUGACCCUUCCUGAGACGCUACAGCAGCUUUAUCUGGAGUUUAACAACAUAGAGGAGGUGCCGGGUGGUUUCCUCACCGCAUGUCCUAAACUGCAGUUUGUCCGGUUGGCUCACAACACCCUGACUGAUAAAGGGCUUCCAUCCCACGUCUUCAACACCAGCACACUCAUUGAGCUUGACCUGUCCUUUAACAAACUGGAAAAGAUCCCUCUUGUCAAUGGGAACCUGGAGAACCUGUACUUACAAGCCAAUAAGAUCAAAGAAUUUUCCCUGAGCAGUUUCUGCAGCACAAUCGACGUAAGAACCUUCUCCAAGCUGAAAGUACUCCGUUUGGAUGCCAAUGAGAUCAGUGCCAAAGACAUUCCUGUCGAAGCUGCCUACUGUUUGCGGCACAUUGCUUUUAUUGAUGUGUAAAACUUCACACUCUUCCUCAGAGAUUUGUCUACAGUACUAACACGUUCAUACUCACCUCACACAAGCUCACAUGAUUAAGUGAUUUUACGAGCGCUCAUAAGAACCACUAAUACUUUGACAGUUCUAGUGUUAGUCAACAGGAAAUUCCAUUGUUGUACAAUUCAAUAUCCAGAUGGUAGGCACAUGGAUAACAGAGUGACAAAAUAAUGGCAUCAUGGCUCAUAUCUUUAAAGAGUCAUUUGAAUACUAACUCCCAAACUUUGGGGAAAUAACAACUUGUGCAUAUAAAUAAUUGAGUACAAGUGUUGUGAGGAAAGAACCAUGAAUCAUCUGUGAGGGAUUUAGUUUGGAUCACCGCUUCAACCAUGUUGUACAUGAUUUAACCUCGUGCCAAGUCACACUUCUCAGCAUCUAUUAAAGAAGACCUUUUCAGCACAUUAUCACACAAAACAAUUCACUGAGUUUGGUUUGGCACGUCGUUUCCAUAGAGGAAUAGUGAAUUUCUGAAUGGAUGAUUAUGUUUUGAUCAAAAAAGAAGUUUUCAGCUUAAAGAGUGUUUGUGUGUAUUAGCUAAAGCAGAGUUAUAUUUACAUCAUAGUUUUACAUUAUAUACUACUAAUUACUGUCAUUUUAAGAUGCGUUAAUAUGAGCUGCAUUAUGUUGUUGAAUUAUGUAUUACCCAAAGUGGUAACACUUUAUAAUAGCUACACCUUAUUUAGCUUUUAUUAAUCAUUAAUAAAAGGUUAAUUAACCUUGAAAAUAUCAUUAGGUAAGGAUAAUUCAGACUUAGUAAGGUAUGAUUUAACACAUUUAUUAAUGUUUUACCCAUAAAUGCUAAUUACUUCUAAAGC